UGCUCGUACCUGAUUCCUAUUCAUCCCAAGCAUCAUAUCUAUAAAAUUCUCCUUAAUAAUUGAUAUACUAGCCAUAAAUAUGUCUUACAACGACGACAACAACAACAGCUCGAGCUACGGCGGCAACGACAACUCCUCCUCUCGUAACGAGGGAGGGUACGGGUCUAGCCGCAAUGACGAUACCAAUGCCACCUACGGUAGUAAUGACCGAUCGGACAAUUCCUACGGGUCCUCAAACCGCCGGGACAAUGACAACGAUAAUAACAACAGCUCCUCAAACUCAUACGGGUCGGGAGGCAACGAUUCCUUCGGUUCCAGUGACAACACAUAUGGCUCGAGCAACACUCGCCAGGACGACGACGAUAAGAUUGGUUCUUCCCGCUCUGGUAACAACAAUGACAGCUAUGGUUCGAGCAACACUCGUCGAGACAAUGACGACAAAUCUUAUGGCUCAAAUGACAACGACAACUCUUUUGGGUCUAGCAAAAAUAACACCAGCAGCUACGGCUCAAAUGAUAACUCAUAUGGGUCGGGUAACAACACCAGCACUUACGGAUCUAAGAACACUGGUUCCGACAGCUAUGGUUCGAGCGACCGCGACAACCAGAACUCUUACGGUUCCGGCAACAAAAACUCAGGGAGCUAUGGAGAUGACGAUGACACCUCGGGCCGCAAGGGAAAUAGCACCGCUGGCAAGCUGCUGGAGAAGGUUGGUUCAGUCCUCGGCAGUGACCGCCAAGGGGAAACGGGUCGCGAGAAGCGUGAGGGAACUGGAUAUGGGCGUGACAACGAUAACUACUAAGUACCUAAGACAGUAGAGUUCCGACAUAUAUGAGAUAGAAACAUAUUUAGCAAUCCCUCUCUAUCUACUAAUUUGACAGAUAUAUAUGCCCUGACCCGGGCUCUGUAUUAGUUUGCAAUAGGACACCAUAAGCAAUAUAUGUCAACACGGUCAUUUAAUGAAUAAAACUUGGCGGUUAUCAUGAAUUAAGAAUCUAAGUGACUUAGCAGGUUAUUGGCAUCAUGCAAAUUUAUACUGUUCAUCAGACUUAAUCUAUAGCAAGCUAGCUAACCUGCCUGUGAAACCACCAGUAUUAAAGUAUCAUAGGGGAUAUAAUUCACAGGUUGAAUAUCAAAACUUUCCUUUUUUCUUCUCCCGCGAGCGAGGUUU